CGAAAAUUGCACCAUCGAUCUCGUGGCUCAAAAAGAAACACGAUCAACUGGACAGAAAUUCUUAAAAACCUCUUUUUUUGGCCUUGAUCUUUUUAGUAAAUAUCAUUAAGCCAUGGCGUCGUCGACACAGGACUCAUCAGCUCCUGAUUCAUGGGAUUCGAUCGAAGAUCCCGGGCCAGGAGAAGAUCCUUCRACACAACUUAAAGGACUCAAUAUUAAUGCUACCCCUUUUGUACCAAACGUUAAUGCUCCAGUCUUCGUUCCUUCGUUUUUGAAAUCUCAACAGCCACAAGAACAAGAGAAGCCUUCGAGUAUUAAUGCUGCAGAGCCAACUGAAGAUAAGAAGAACGAACAAAGUUCUCAAGUUCCCAUUGAGGAAGCAACCAACAAUGUUGAGGAUAAUGAGGAUGUUGAGGAUAAAUCAAAACAAGAGAAAGUGGAAAAAGAUGAAGAGAAAGAAAUAGAAGACAAACCCAGCACUAAACCUGAAACUACAAAACCCAAGAAAAAAGAAAUACCAGAAGAGGAAGAACCUAAUGCAAGGGAACAUGUGAAUAUUAUCUUCAUUGGUCAUGUUGACGCAGGCAAGUCAACAAUUGGAGGCCAUGUUAUGUAUUUGACAGGACAAGUAGACAAAAGGACAUUAGAAAAAUAUGAACGAGAAGCCAAGGAAAAAAACAGAGAAACAUGGUACCUUUCAUGGGCCCUUGACACGAAUCAAGAAGAAAGAGAUAAAGGCAAAACAGUAGAAGUGGGCCGGGCAGCCUUUGAUACAGCGAAUAAACAUUUCACAUUACUUGAUGCACCUGGUCAUAAAAGCUUUGUACCCAACAUGAUAAGUGGAGCAGCGCAAGCUGAUUUGGGUGUCUUGGUUAUUUCUGCUCGUAAAGGAGAAUUUGAAACAGGCUUUGAAAGAGGUGGUCAAACAAGAGAGCAUGCUAUGUUAGCCAAGACAGCAGGAGUCAAACACUUGGUUGUGUUGGUAAACAAAAUGGAUGACCCUACAGUAGAAUGGGAUGCUACAAGGUAUGAGGAUAUCCAGGUCAAACUGACACCUUUCCUCAAGAAAGUAGGAUUUAAUCCUAAAACAGAUAUAAUGUACAUGCCAUGUUCAGGGUUAACAGGAGCUAAUAUUAAAGAACCUGUGGAUCCUAAAGUUUGUCCAUGGUAUAGUGGGAAACCAUUCUUAACAUAUAUCGAUGAGCUGCCAACACUAGACAGAUCAGUUGAUGGUCCAGUGAGACUGCCCAUAGCAGAUAAAUACAGAGAUAUGGGAACUAUUAUAUAUGGAAAACUUGAAUCUGGUACAAUCAAUAAAGGACAGUCAUUAAUAUUGAUGCCAAACAAGGUGUCUGUAGAAAUUGUUACUGUUGUCUAUGAUGAGGAAGAGAAGAACACAGCAAGAGCUGGGGAUAAUGUCAAAAUUCGACUAAAAGGUGUAGAAGAAGAGGAUGUAUCACAGGGAUUCGUUUUGUGCUCUCCUGACAGCCUGUGCCAUACAGUCAGCAAAUUUGAUGCCCAGGUUGUCAUUCUGGAAUACAAGUCUAUUAUCUGUGCAGGUUAUCGAGCUGUUCUACAUAUCCAUACUGUCGCAGAAGAAGUAUGCAUCACGGCCCUAAUUGCUCGACUCGAUAGAAAAACUGGUAAAAAAGAAGGCGAGAGACCGCGAUUCAUAAAACAAGAACAAAUAGCAAUCGUAAGACUGGAGACACCAGGAGUUAUCUGCAUUGAAAAAUUCAACGAUUUCCCUCAGAUGGGUCGAUUCACGCUAAGAGACGAAGGGAAAACGAUUGCCAUGGGAAAAGUCCUCAAAUUGUUACCCGGUUAAGAGAAUAGAAGGCCAAAACAGAAAAAAACACAAAUGGAAAGAGAUAUAAAAACAUAUCUUCGGGGAAUAUUCUUGUGCAGUGCACGAACUUCCGUUAAAGGAAAACAGAACUGAGUACAUCGGUUAUAAUAAAUGCUCAAGAUAUUUCUGAA